UCCUGCCCUCUACAGGAAGCCUGCCUUGCAAAGAGACAGAGACGGUGUGAGGGAGAGAAAAAGGGAUUGCAGUCUGAGAGAUGAAUCCUUUCUUUCAUUUUCUCGAAGCCAUUUUCGUCGUGUAGUUGGUCCAAGGUCUUCCCGGAUAUGCCAGCAUUCUCGUGAUGCUGCUAAAUCAGAGUCUCCGCACUCUCUUGCCUCGUUCCGUGAGGCAUGCUAUCACUUUCUUCGGCUGUCACUUUUCCUCGGUCGCCGGAGAAGCAUCCUCGCCAGUGCCCAUCUCUUCCGAGACAUCGUCCAUCGCGUGGUUCCGGGUACUUCUUCAGCUCUGCCACUGGGGUGCGACUGGAAAGACGCAAAAGACUCUUGCUAGGGAGAUUGUUAUGUCUGGAAAGGGUCUACAUUCAGGAGUCGACGUGGUGGUAAGAUUAUUUCCAGCUAAGGCGGGUGAAGGAAAGUACUUCGUUAUUGGCGACAAUUUGUCUAUCGUUAUUCCGGCCUGCAUCAAUUUUGCUGUGGAGUCUGCACUUUGCACCACUUUAUCCCGCCAGGGGAUGAAAGUCAGAACAACUGAACAUUUACUUUCAGCACUAGAAGCCAUGGGAGUCGACAAUUGUCGGAUAGAGAUGGUGGGUGGUGACGAGGUUCCGUUAUUGGAUGGUUCAGCAAGAAGAUGGGUAGAUGCAGUUGAAGAAGCUACUCUAUGCGAUGCUGUUGAUGACUACGGCAGAUGUAUAGAGAAAUUGGCACCCUUUGUUGUUGAGCCGGUUCACAUAUUGUAUGGUGAUUCCUUCAUAGCUGCAUAUCCUUCAGAAAAGAUUCACAUUACAUAUGGGAUAAAUUUUCCACAGGUGUCUGCUAUUGGCUGUCAGUGGUUUUCUUGCUUCCCUAUGGACAAAUUUGUUUAUGUGAAAGACAUCUCCAGUGCACGAACAUUUUGCAUUUAUGAGGAGGUGGACAGAAAUUUGCUAUGGAGUGUUGCGCAUUCUGUUAGCAGGUGGACAGUAAUCUGCUGCUGCGGAGGACUUGCAAACUGGGAAGACGAUUGGUGGAGGCUAUGAGAAAAGAGGCAUCUACAUCCUGUCUGAUUCUGUGGGUGUUGCAGCUUCCUCGACUUUUUCAUUGUCUUCCUCCUUCUAGUGGCAUCUCAAACUUGGUCAUCCAUCUGUCUCCAAGAUCCGUCACCUACUUUCUCAUCUAUCAGUACCAGAAUCGUUCCAGUGUGAAGCCUGUCAACUUGACAAGGACACCCGUAGCAGUUAUUCAUCAAGUCUUAGUCUGUCCAGUUGUGGACUAUUUGAUCUUCUUCAUGUUGAUGUGUGGGGUCCUAGCAGAGUUGCUAGUAGAUCUAGAUUUCGUUAUUUUCUUGUCAUUGUUGAUGAUUACUCUCG